AUGCGCAGAGUGAAGGAGGGGGGAAAGCAGGAUGUCGCUGGUUCGUCAGCACAAGUGCUGGUUCAUGAAAUGGGGCCAGGCCUCCUCCGCAGGGCCUCACCAAAGCAAAGGCGUCGUUCAACGAGAGGGGUUUCCGACACCGCGGAGCUUACGGUGAGUUGUGCCAUGAGUGAAGUGUUGAACAGCGGCUUGCAUGGCAACUGCCCCACGUUGGAUGCCCAACUGUACCUUCGGCGCCGUGUUGCGGAAAUUGUGCGGCAAAUAGAGAGCGCCAGCAGUGCCCAUCACUUCUACCGUCACGUAGUGGAGAUAGAUGAACUUCUGCGCUGCGAUGCACCAAUGGGGUUUACGCCAUCCAUGGUUCUUGCGGGGGUGCCGGAUAUUCUCUACAUGCUGUCCGAUGCCGUGAAGCAAGGGUAUCUGCUCUACCCCACGGAAGUGGACACCGGAACCGUGCAGGCACUUACCCCGCUGCGUCGAAAUCCCGUCAAUUCGGCGUCGAUAGCGCCAUCAGCAGCUGCGAUGCCGUUGGCUGUCCUGACGCGUACCUCUGUGGGCUCUCUCGCUGCACAGACGGGAGAACGAGAGGAAAGAAUUAUGCACCGAUCCUGCACAAGUUCCAAAAUUGGCGCACAAACAAGAAUGAAGAGUGGCACGGGUAUUGGUGAAGUCACUACCGCCGAUCUGAGGUCCUUCCUGCCACCGCUGGUGCGCCGUCCUGCGCCCCCACCAUCAACGGAGUCGUUGCAGGGAAAGGCAGAGGGUGAGGUUUCCAUUUCUGCAGGACCAGACGCCCGUCACCGCAACACAGCACGGAUGCAAUCACAAUAUAGAUCGGCCUCUGGGACAACAACUGGAAAGGCGCGAAUGGGCGAGAAGCCAUUGCUCCCACGCGCACGAGGAGGUGCAAGGAUGAACUCUGUUGGCACUGACGCCGUGCAUUCUUCACAGUCUCAGCUCUGCAUGGCUACGUCAGUUAUGAAGCAGCAAGAACAACAGAAACCAAUGGUGUGGGGUGAGAAGGAGACGUAUGAUGUUGCUUUCUCUCCGCCUCCACCCAUACUCCGCGAUAUUCCGUCGGCGUUGCAGGCCCUCUUGUACCACUGUGCGCUUCCACUUGUUUGCCUAACACUGGACGAUCAACAUCAGCGCACCACUGCGAUUCGCCUGCUGGCUUCUGCGAUGGCGUCUAUUCUGCGUGUCACGCCAGACUGUGUUCACGUGAAACCAAUACCAGAUCAAACUGACGAAGCGGAUGUUGCCAGCAACAACGACAAAGUUGUUUCUGGCGAGGAGAAUGGAGUGAAGUGGGACGCUUCAGCGGUGCAGUUUAAAGAAAUUUUGUAUCGCAUUCGUCACGCAGCACUCACGUCGCUUAAUGUUCUCAUGACGCACGUUGAUGCAGAGGAGUUGAAGUGUGUGAAUCAGCACUUCGCGUCGCGCGAUAAAAGAACGUACGAGGCGACUGAUGUUGCGAUGUUGCCACAUGUAUUAUCAUGGAGGGAACGCAAUCGUGAGGAGACCACAACCGAUCAGGUGACUGAGAGUCAGGUAUCUGCGACGAAAUUGUCAUCGACGCCAGCUGGACCAAAAACAGGUCAUGUAGUCCGCCUAACACGCUCUCACUUGAAUGCAUCAUGGAACUUGCCGCGCAAAGAACGCCGUCACCGUACAGUGCCGGUAAGUCUUCAUAAUUGCGCUGUUGCCGUGGAUGUUUUUCGGCCCCUUAUAGAGCGUUGGACAGCCAUUCUACGUUACGGCGUGGUGGCGAAUGCGUUGCUGGACUCCUCUCGUCAGCUAUUUCAUCACCCGGCCCUCGUGACGGCGGGAGUCAUGGAAAAAAAGGAGUAUGAAAACGGUGCCACGGUGGUGAUUCUACCGACGGCGUCUGACGCUGAUAUAAGCCCCUACUCCAAGAGGAAAGAGGGGGGUUCGAGCCUUUCCGUCUCUAAAAUACGCAUGGAGGAGGAAGAUGCUGGGGAAAUUUACUUGUUGUUGAGGGCUUGUUUACACUUAUCUACGUACAAACAGCAUGCGCGUUGUCUUAUCGCGCCUGACGACAGCUCGGGCGCCGCGUACACCAGUUUUCCCGUCCUUCUUUGCUUAACAAUGGCUCGGUGUGCGGAGGGAGACAGGUGCCUCGCGCUGUGUGUGGAGUGUCUGUGGAACCUCCUGGAGGUGGUCCCGGAGGAAACAGUUGCGGCUAUUUUACGACACCGUGUGCAGGCUGCUGAGAGGAAGCACUAUGAAAAAGAGCGAACACUUUCGUCCUUGUCAGCCAGCGAGUCCCUGCUGUACUGUUUUCUCCAGGUUUUACUCACAGGGCAUCGGCGGCGUCAUCGGGAGUUGCGCAACGAUAUGGUGGUGCUGUUUAUGAUGAUCCUGAGGAGUGACACGGCAGUACUUCGCAAGCAGCAAGAGGUACUGCAACACUCCGCGGACGCUGCGGCGUACACACCACUGCCACCAUCAGCGAUUUGCGCCAUUAACGCCCUUGUGACAACGGUCUUUGAUAUGGUGUGUGGUCCAGAGUUACGUGAGAACGGGAAGAUGGCCCAAAUGAUACAACGACCUGUGGAGACGUUUUUGCGUUACCACACCGUGCUUUCACCUACAACGCGUGUGGAAAAUGUACAGUUUAAGCUGCUUGGAUGGCGCAUGUUAGAGGCCUUUUAUGAAUGGCAAAAUGCUCGUCUCACUGUGGAAUAUCUUUCCCGCGACCAUAGGCCUUUGACCAGAGAUACACCUCUUGUCGACACUAUUGAUGAUUACGGUGUUGGAGAUGAAUACAAGGAUGGGGGCAACACGUUGAUCUUUGAUUUGUGUUAUCAUGGUUUUAUACAUGUGCUGCUGCUUUACGUGGAUACAAUAUGCAGCGAAGAGCCUGUCGUAGCCUGGUCGCGUGAGGAGUUGUUGAUGUUGCAGGAAGAGGCCUGGUUUGUUCUCCUUGGAUUGAUGGAAUCUGCUGUGGCUGCACCCCCUGCCUCGCUCCAAGAUGAAAUGGGAAGGAGCGAACUGUCGGCGCAGUUUCUUUCCACGAGCGCCGAAAACAGCACGCUCGACGAAAGCGUAAUAGCGAAGUUGCCGCUAGUGAAGGCGGACACCCAAUUUGUUGCAGCCAAUGGCAUUCUGUGUGCCGUGCGUUACAUCUGUGAGGUCACCACGAGGGACGCGGAGGCGCUGGUGUGCCUUGCAGUGCGGGUGCUUUCCGUCUUGAGUCGCUGCCCCGCACACCGGCCUGCGCUCCUCACCGCGAGCAUGUUGACUUUCUCAUCGGCGUCGUCGUUCACUGAAAGCGUCCCUUUGCUUCUGGAGGUUGCGGUGCAUGUUCUCCUGAGCUUUAUGGAGAGAGCUUUGCCAGCGGUGGCGUUGCCAUCUUUACUUGCGUCAUCGAAGGUCUGCAAAGGUGCCAGCAGUUCGAUGCCUUCACACUACAACUUUUAUGCAGAUGCAACUGGAUCGACGCUGAGUGGCGUUGCUAACGGUCGAUCAUUAAUGCAAAGUAAAGCCAUGACUGAGACCCCGCGGCGCUGUGCGGAGGCAGUGAGGGAAACCCCAUCCACUAUCGCAGGCUUCAGCACCACCCCAGAAGGCAACUGGGGUGAAAAGGCAUACUUCAAGGCAGCUGAAGUGGAUGUCGUGGUUCAUUGUCUCUUGUUGUUGAAUAACAUCGUUGACGGUGAUCCUGUUGAUGCUUUGGCGACGCAACAAGCUUUUAUCUCGUUGAAUGGUGUAUCGCUUCUUCUUUUCUUGGCGAGGGCUUCGUUGGCGGUGUUGCCCUCCGCUUCUUCCCCUUAUUCUUCCAUGGUGGAUGGAGGCCGCAGUGAGCUGCUCUUGGCCGUGCUCAGCUGCUUUCGCACCUUCAUACUCGGCAAUGCAGUGGCCCAGGCACAGUUUGUGCAUGAGGAUGGCGUUCAUGUGCUGCUUUCUAUUAUUGCUGUCCUCGUGGGUUGGUGGGAGCAUGCGGCUCUGAAGGGCCCCAAAGCAAUAACCACUGGCGACAACUCACCGCUUACCCCAACGCUGACCUUUCUUGCUGACAUUCUGUACGAGAGUGAGGAGGCGCAGGAGGCAUUUCUGCAAUGGUCCACGUAUGACAUGCAGAAACCAAAUGGCAUGGAAGAUGAUGACUGCACAAACGCGACGCAGCUUCUGCUACGCCUCUGGGAGGAGGGAGAGGAGGAGAAAGAGGAAGAGGAGGGGGACCUAGAGGGCAUUGCCGCGACCACCCCACUGCAUAGGGCGAUGGCUCGGGGAGCUGCCACACAAGACAAUGAUGCACCUAACAUCCAGAACGCGGAAGAAAAGGUAGUGACGGAUGCAAAAGAGGAUGAGGAGGAGGAGGAGAAGCGGGUGCCAAAAGACGCCACAGGAGGCCUAGAUGAUUUGUCGAGUGACAUUGGCUCAGAUGGUGGUGCCUACACCAAAACUUCGGAGGCUCCAAUCCUCCAUCCCGACCGGUGGGGUCUGGGUCUCAUUGGAAUCCACGAUCGCGAAUCGCUCAAGGCAGAACUUCUGAAUCGUUACAGUGAGUUGGAAGGCGCCAAUGUGGAGGUGUCUGAAAGUACGAGCGCAACCGAUGCGACGACGCUGCGGGCGCGGCGACGGUUGUCAGCAGCCCUGCACCGUGUGCUUGGGUUGCGCGCGAAGGUAUACGCUUGUUUUGAUGCUGUUGGUUUUCAUCGUAUUAUCAAUGUAAAAACGAGUGCCAUGGAACGAGUGAAGCUGUUGCACGCUGCCGCUUUGCCAUCCUUAUGUGAAGAUGAAGUAUGGGCUGCUGUGUCUGAAGCAGUGGACUUGCAUGACCAGGUUGUGAUUAUAUCACGCCCGAAAGGUAGCAAGAAGCAGGUUUCCGAUGAAGUUGAAGUCGCGUCGAGACCCCCGUUGGUAGUGAAUCCUAUCAUUCCAGAUGCCGACCAGCUUGUGCGGGUGUUAGUCGACGUGGAGGCGCGUACGACGGAGCUGCAAAAUCUUUCGCAGCUGUGUCUUGACAUGUACGCCGCGCACAAGGAGGAGGCGACACAACAAUUUUUGCUCUCACGACUGCGGCAAGGCGCUGAUGACACCAAAGUCUUGGCUCUUGUGCAGCAGGCACGCAGACGCUUCGAUCCCAUCGGCAACAAGAGCACGGGGAGUAUCUUUGAUCACGUUAUGUCCCGUGUUGAGCGGCCUGGCAUGGAACACGUCGAGUUAGUGUCUGCCUUUUCGCGUACGCCGGAAGGAACAGGGACUGUGGGUAACCGAAGGCUCUCGACGUCACGGCUGACGUUGUUGCAGAAGAAACGGAAACGAGAAGUCAUGAUAAAGAGCAGUUACCGAAAAAGCUAA